AUGACCAUUUCUAAGAACCAAGAAUCCUAUGUUUUUCAAUGCAAAAUCAGCGAAACACCUGCCCAAGUUAUAGGUGGUAAGGGUACUCGUAUUACUGUCGAAAAAGAUGGUAAAGUGUACGAGGAUAUUUUAGACGGUGUUACCGGUGCUGCUGUUGGUGCUUUAGGGUGGGGUGAUGAGUAUAUGGUUGGCGUUGUCACUGACGCUGUCAAGAGUUCAACCUACUCCUACCCAUCUUUGAUGGGUAACAAAGAAUCUGAAGAAUUGGCCAAGUUCUAUAUCGACCAUUCUCCAAAGGGUACCUUUGCCUCUGCUUUGUGGUGUUGUUCUGGUUCUGAAGCCAAUGAAAAUUGUAUGAAGAUCAUGUACCAAUACUGGUUAGAACGUGGGAAAACAAAGAAAACCAAGUUUAUCUCUAGAAUGACUUCAUAUCAUGGUUUUACUAUUGGUGCUUUAUCUCUCUCUGAAAAUGCACGUGCAGAUGACUUCAGACCUAUUUUGUUGCCAAAAACCCAAUGUUUGAAAAUGCCAGUUUGUUAUCCAUACAGAUUCCAAAAGAAGGGCCAAACUGAAGCCGAAUAUGUCCAAGAAUUAUUAGAUGCUUUGGAAAAGUUGAUUGUUGAUAAUGAUCCAGAAACUAUUAUUUCUGUUACUGUUGAGACUUUACCAGGCUCUUCCUUGGGUACUGUUCCACCACCAAAGGGAUACUUGCCAGGUAUUCGUGCCUUGUGUAACAAAUAUGAUAUUUUGAUGCACUUGGAUGAAGUUAUGUGUGGUACUGGUAGAUCGAAUCCAAAUGGUGGAUUGAAUUGUUGGGAAAACUUUAUGCCAUUGGACCAAGGUCCAGAUUUACAAACUGUUGGUAAGACUUUGGGGUCUGGUUAUGCUACCAUUGCUGGUGUUUUAGUCAGCCCAAAGGUUAGGAAUGCUUAUAUCAACGGUUCUAAUCAAGUUUUAGGUGCCCAUACCUACUCUUCCCAUGCCUUUAAUUGUAAAGUUGCCUUAGGUGUUCAAAAGAAGUUGAUUGGCAAUGGGUUGACAAAAAACAUUUUUGAAAUGGGUAAUUUGAUGGGUAAGACCCUAAAAGAAAAGCUGUUAAGUGAGGAUAAUAUUGUUGGUGACGUUAGAGGUAUUGGCGGGUUUUGGUCCAUUGAAUUGGUUAAGGACAGGGAAACCAAGGCUGUUUUUGACCCAAAGCUAGACUUAGGUCACCGUUUACAUGGUAUUUGCUUUCAAAAUGGAUUAAAUGUCAUGGGUAUGCAAGGUUGUGUCAACCAACAAACCAAUGAAGGUGAUUUUAUUACUUUGGCUCCAUCUUUCAUUAUCACCAAAGAUGAUGUCGAUGAAAUAGUUAAAAGAGCCGUUAAAUCUGUCAAUGACUUGACAGCUGCUUUGAAAAAAGAAGGUGAAUUUUAA